GAGGAUGCCCCUACAAAUCCGAGGGGCUAGAGCAGGCCAGGGCAUCUUUGGGUGGCGGAGUACGGAGAAGGUAACCUACAGCGAAGGAGUCCAGGUGGACACGCAAAAUGGUAAGGACCGACCAGCAGGCUGAGGCCCGGUCCUACCUCAGCGAGGAGAUGAUCGCUGAGUUCAAGGCCGCCUUCGACAUGUUUGACGCGGACGGCGGCGGGGACAUCAGCGUCAAGGAGCUGGGCACCGUGAUGAGGAUGCUGGGCCAGACACCCACCAAAGAGGAGCUGGACGCCAUCAUCGAAGAGGUGGAUGAGGAUGGCAGCGGCACCAUCGACUUCGAGGAGUUCUUGGUCAUGAUGGUGCGCCAGAUGAAAGAGGACGCCAAGGGCAAGAGCGAAGAGGAGCUGGCUGAGUGUUUCCGCAUCUUCGACAAGAACGCGGACGGCUACAUCGACGCCGAGGAGCUGGCGGAGAUUUUCCGAGCCUCCGGGGAGCACGUGACAGACGAGGAGCUCGAAUCCCUGAUGAAGGACGGGGACAAGAACAACGACGGCCGUAUUGACUUCGACGAGUUCCUGAAGAUGAUGGAGGGCGUGCAGUAAGAAGUCGGCCCUUGCAGCCACCGACACCGCUCGGCCCUCUGGCGUGGGCGGUGCCGCCCCCCUGAGCCGCUUUCGUCCCUCCGCCCCGGGAGGGAGGCGCGGCCCCUUCUGGGGAUGUGUCUGAAAGGAAUAAAAGGAAACAUUGCAAA